AAAUUCGGCCGGCGCGCACUCCAGUCAUGAUGCGACCGCGGUUCAUCCGAGAAUUUCUAUUUUUAAAACGCGCGCGACCGACCACCGCACGACUGUCGUCGUCGCUGUCGCCGACGUUGUGUACGCGUGUCUCGUUUUUUGCUAUAAUAUUAUAAUAGUCCUAUUGUAUUAUCGUACCGUGCACAAUGUAUGACCACAACAACAACAACAACAACAACAACAAACAACAAUUAACGCUGUGUUAAUCGACAAACAAGAAGGACGUAGGUACCUUUUAUAUAAAAUAAUAAUAUAUCGUACGACUCGUUACUUGUAUAUACCCACCGUGGUCGGCGCAAUAAUAAUUGUAUAUUAGAAUAAAAAAAAAUCCACUGACCCCCCUUCCACGCCCAGCUUUCCGGCACCCACCCCGUCGGUAUCAUGGACCAAAAAUUUUGGUCCAAAAAUAAUUAGCCAUAAUAUAUUAUUUUAAUUCGUGACCUAUAAACGGACGUGGUCUCAUCGACUCGGGCACGCACUGUACUUCAAUUAUAUCGCGUACAUAGACGAAAACACACCUACAUUGAAACGGCUGGCGGGAGAUACUCGAGGUAGGUUGUUGAUACGAUACAGGCACUACGCGGAGCUGCAGGUGGUCGACUGUGCGCGCUAAAAUAUAAAAUAGAGACGCCGGGCGGGCACGACGUCGGUCCGCAGCUGAUGAGGGCCGGAGCACCGUCGGUAGUCACAGAAUGAGAAUACAACACGCCGACAUCACGAUGAUGUUUACUGGCAACAGGAAGAGGAGUUGUAGCAACAACUCACAAAAACGGCAGACAGCGGACAACCGGUCCCGCAGCAACCACCGUUCUGAGAGCAGAGGUCGAAGUAAAAUUCCUCAAGGGUUACUUCCAACUAGUUACAAUUUAGCUGAUGCAGAUUUAGCAGAUAGUUUACAACAACGAGUUGAUAUAGCCAGAGGUCAUGCAAUUACUAGAAGACGCGGUGCAAUUAAACAUCAAAAAGUACAUAUCGUAAAAGGACAUAAAUUUUUAGCUAAAUUUUUCAGACAACCGACGUUUUGUGCAUUUUGCAAAGAUUUUCUAUGGGGUUUUGGAAAACAAGGAUAUCAAUGUCAAUCUUGUCAAACGGCUGUACAUAAGAAAUGUCACGACAAACUUCUUAUACAAUGUCCAGGCACCGGUCGCGAUACAGAAAGCACUGUGUAUUUGAGAGAACGAUUUAAAAUAGAUGUACCACAUCGUUUCAAAGGAUAUAAUUUUAUGUCACCAACAUUUUGUGAUCACUGUGGUUCACUUUUGUAUGGGCUAUUCAAACAAGGUCUCAAAUGCGAAGAAAUAUGUUUGUGUGUAAGCAUUUCGUGUUUUAAAUUUCUUUUGGCAGUCGUCCAAGUCGUUUAAUUCGCUUUCGGAGCCUGCCAAACGUGCCAAAACAUCAGCUCAGCCGUACGUUCGGUCGGGAAGCACCCGUAGUCUUCAG